AUGAAACUGCACACUGGCGCGAAGCUGCCACCCUUGAUAGGAGGGGCCAUUGGAUAUGUCGGAUACAACUGCGUCAAGUAUUUCGAACCAAAAACAAAAAGGGAUCUGAAGGAUAUUGUGCAGAUCCCAGAAAGCUUGUUUAUGCUGUUCGACACAAUUAUAGCAGUCGAUCAUUUCUUCCAGCAGGUGAAUGUGUUCACAUAUGUCAAAGCACCAGGGACACCAGGUGCAGAAGCAAGUUUAGAAGAGGCAUACGCAUCUGCCCAGAGAAUAAUUGAGGAUGUUGUAAGUAGGAUCUUGGUCGACAAAGUGCCGAGACCACCGCAAGGGCCAAUUCAGAAAAACCUGCCGUAUGAGUCAAAUAUAGGACAGGUGGGAUAUGAAGCUCAUGUCAGCAAGUUGAAAGAACAUAUAUGCAAAGGCGAUAUUAUCCAGGCAGUGCCGUCACAAAGAGUUACUCGUCGUACAUCACUGCACCCAUUCAAUGUGUACCGGAGAUUGCGGACGGUGAAUCCGUCGCCGUAUCUCUUCUUCAUUGAUUGUGAUGAGUUUCAAAUCAUUGGUGCUAGCCCUGAGUUGCUCGUUAAAUCGGAAAAAAGACGAGUUUCGGUACACCUCACCGCUGGUACAGUCAGGCUGGGGGCAACAACAGCGGAGGACGAUGCCCUAGCAGAUGGGCUUAAGGGCUCUAUCAAAGACAGAGCUGAGCAUGUUAUGCUCGUUGAUCUUGCGAGAAAUGACGUGAAUCGCAUUUGCGACCCGCUUACAGUACGUGUAGAUAGAUUGAUAGUGGUACGGCGCUUCAGCCACGUGCAGCACCUGACUUCUGAAGUCUCUGGCAUUCUUCGACCGAAUCAAACCAGAUUCGAUGCAUUCCGAUCCGUAUUCCCCGGUGGUACCGUUAGUGGAGCACCGAAAGUUCGAGCGAUGGAGUUGAUAAGUGAACUUGAGAAAGAAACUCGUGGGGUGUACGGAGGCGCGGUCGGAUACUUUGGCUAUAACACAGUUUCAGACGGUGCAGUUGAAGAGGGUGACAUGGAUACCUGCAUUGCUUUGCGUACCAUGGUAAUGAAGAAAGGAACUGUGUACCUUCAAGCAGGCGGAGGAAUCGUUUAUGAUAGUAAUGAGUAUGAAGAGUAUGUAGAGACGAUGAACAAGCUGCGUGCGAAUAUGAUUUGCAUUGAUAGUGCUGAGGCGCUUUUCGCGUCUCAAAGCUAG